AUGGCAUAUUCACACAGUUCAAGCGACGAUCUCGUCAACGCUUUGACUAGACGGAAAACAGGGCUGGGUGCACGCAUUACCUCUCUCCCAGGUCCUAAACCUUCCCAUUCAGAUUCGUCACCUGCACAACUUUUAACCAACACAAGUUUCUCCGCAGUCCCACAGUUUCAAGACCCAUAUCUUCUUGAUGAGUUGCAACGCCCACUUUUGGGUCUAUUCACCGUAACAGCAGACCCAGCAAUUAUGCGUCGUGCAGGCACAGCUUGUGGGAAGUUUGUUGCUCUUGAGGAGGCAGUCGAUGCACUUGUACCUGUGCCUGCGCCAAUCCAAGGCGCUGGUGCCCGCCACGCUGCCUAUUUGCGAAGACUGCGCGCACUUGUAUCAUACGUAGACCGAUCAGAAGAGUUUUCUGAGAAAAUGCCUGCGGUUUCGGAAAUGCUCAAGUCUGCAAUUGACGAGUAUUCACAAGAGGGCGAUCGCGAUAAAGAUAUCGUUAUCAAUGGCAGCGCAAUUGUGGGUGGUCAUAGUAAAACAAAUAGCGGAAUUAAGGCUGCACAGUAUUCAGCGGUGCUGCGAUCUAUUGUUCGGUACUUGGAGCGAGUGGACAUGGGCUCUGCUGCUGCAGCUGCUGCAGCUGCUGCACGAAACGCGUCAUUACAGGAAGCACUCGUCGAUAAAAAAGUCAUAGAUAGUUCUCGAGAUACCCGAGAGAGUCCUGCAAGUCCACCGGGAGCAGAAACUGAACCGUUUAGUCCAGGAAGUCAGGAUGAUGUACUUGCUGGGUCAUCUUCACCAAUGGACUCUGGGGAUGAGAAACAUCAUCAGCGAUCACGGGGUGAUUCACGGAGUCGAUCACCCAGCAGAACCCAUCAUAGAAGAAGCUUCCACCAUCAGAAUAGCGGACCCGGGCGAGGGGGUCGUGGUGGUGUUCAUGUCAGUCGACAAGGACGUAAACGCAUAUGUCUCAACUGCAAGCAUUACGGGUGCCCUGACAGCUCUCGAUGCAAUGAAGUGUGCUGGUACUGUCGUGGAGAUGAAGAUCGGAUCCAGUGGUCAAUCAACUACGGGACUAAGAAGCUAAAAAAUCAACAACAACAACAGCAACAACGGGGUCGCGUGCAUGCGUAUCACCACUAUCAUCGAAACAGACCACGAUCGUCGUCACCGGACAAUAAGUCACGGUCUCCUGGAACUCGAGAUCGCGUUUGGUGA